CUGACCUAAGGGGAGGGCCGGGGUGGUGCGCCGGGCCGAGAGCUCGCUCCCUGGGAAGCCCCCACCCCGGACCGGCCCAGGGGCAGGGUCUGGGGGGCGCGGCUCCGCUCCUUCCCCCCACCCCCUGGCGCCCGCCCGGCCGCCGCGGCCCCGCCCUCCUCGUCACGCUAGGACGCGGGCGGGGGGCGGGGAGCGCCUCCAUGUGACGCGCCCUCCUCGCCGUGCCCUUCAGCUGUCGCCGCAGUUCCCGGGGCGCCACAUGGACCCGGCCGGCCCGAGCGCACUCUGCCGCUGACCUCCCGCCCGCCCGCCCGCGCGCGCCCCGGCCGCGGCCCAGGAAGACAGAGGACUCCUGGCCACACUCGCAUGUGAGCUUUGACCCUCCGAGGAGCUGCUGAGGACGCAGAGCCAUCGCCAUGGAGUUCGUGAUGAAACAGGCCCUGGGAGGGGCCACCAAGGACAUGGGCAAGAUGCUUGGGGGUGACGAGGAGAAGGACCCUGAUGCCGCCAAGAAGGAGGAGGAGCGGCAGGAGGCGCUGCGGCAGGAGGAGGAGGAGCGCAAGGCUAAGUAUGCCAAGAUGGAGGCAGAGCGUGAGGCCAUGCGGCAGGGCAUCCGCGACAAGUACGGCAUCAAGAAGAAGGAGGAGCGCGAGGCCGAGGCCCAGGCCGCCCUGGAGGCCAACUCGGAGGGCAGCCUGACGAGGCCCAAGAAGGCCAUCCCGCCGGGCUGCGGGGACGCGGCGGAGGAGGAGGACGAGAGCAUCCUGGACACGGUCAUCAAGUACCUGCCUGGGCCGCUGCAGGACAUUUUCAGGAAGUAGCGCCCGGGCUGAACAGCAGCCCGCCCCGCGCCCACCCCGGUCCCGCCCUCCGCGAGGCCCCCGAAGAGCCGCCGGGAGCAGAGCGCAGCCCCCCACGCUGAUAUAAGCCAUAGCCCUAGGUCCAUCCGCCCCGUUGCCCACCUCGCGCCUCGGGAGCCUCCGCCCACCUCGCAGCCCACCCGCUCCCAGAACCGCCCCCGCCACCGAGGGAGGCGCGCCCGGCCCCCCACGGCUGCUGCCUUCUGUGCCGGAGACCUCGGAGGGGACAGCCCCCUGCUCUUCGGGCAGCGGGUGGACUGGACUCGCCCCCAGACCCCGGAAGCCCUUCUCGCUCCGCCCCUCACCGCCCACCCAGCAGGGCCCACGGCCAGGGCCACCGAAAGGGUCCGCGUUGGUGGAUGCCUGUCGAGCCCAACUCAGGAGCACAGCCAUAGUAGGGGAUGCGGUUGUGAGCCGGGGCGGGGGUGGGCGUCGGUGACGAGCCGCAGGGGCCUGGGGCUCCCCCGCAGGGUUCGGCCGGGACGCCCCUCCUAAGGUCCCCACCCUCACGCUCGGGUUGCUGAACCUGCCUGACCUGGUGGCCUGGCCGCCACCGCUCUCCAUGUUCACCCUUAUCUUCAUCCACCCGUCUGUCCCGGCCGCCGCCUCUGGAAGGCUAAGCUUCGGGGCCGGUUCUCGCGAAGGGAGGCAAAGCAAUAGGCUUGGGAGGACCCUCUCUGACCUCUCUCCCCUCCACCGCCCCACUCCAGAGUCUGCGGGCCCAGCGAACCCAUCCCUUUCUCUGGCCGGCGCCUCCUGUCCCUCCGAGGCUGCUGGGGGUGGGGGUGCCUGCAGCCUCUGAACACCCGCACCUCCACUCAGAACCGGGAGGCGGCCCGGAGCCCGGGGGCCGAGCGCUGCGCGCCGGCCGGAGUGUGUGGCCCGGAAGACUAGCCCCGACCCUCAGCCGCCUCCGCCCUGCAGGCCCUCGAAGGGGCGUCCCAGCCGCCAGCCCAGCCGGCUCCCCAGAAGCGGCCGUGGGCCUCCCAGCGCUCCCCCGCCCCCCCUUGUUUAAUUUGCAUCACAAUAUGUUGAAUCUCAGGUAAAUGAGGUCUUCUGUCUGUGAGGAGUUUUAUCUUGACAGAAAGCUUGUCACCUGGGUCCCCAGGGCCCUUUCUGUCCGCAUAAAUUUUCAUCGUGUCCAGUGUCCGGGCCAGGGGCGCGGCCCUCCCCCGCUCCUUAGAGAAGCCAUAUGACUAGACUGCAAUACUGACCCCUGGCCCCUGGAGCCCUUUGUCCCCCGCCGUCCACCCUGCGCCCCGACCCCUCCGGGUUCCUCGUCUUUUUUUAAUGCCUGUUUCCACACUUUAAAAAGCCAGCUCUGAGCGGACUGGGCGUCGUCUGGUAGAAACUCGCAUCCCAUCCUCAGCGCCUGGGGCGCCCCAGCGCCGAGCUUAGUAUAGACGUGGACGUCCUCUGUCCGUCUGUCCCGACGCCUGCGCCUCCUCCUGCAUGUCGGGGCCGCUGCCUGUGUUCUCUCCGGAUGGAAUCACAGCCAAUAAACUCCACACAGUGAUUUCA